AAUAAUAAUAUGUCUAAAUUUCAAUCGACUUGUGUAGCUUUGGGAUUAUUAACUGGUCUUGCUGUUCCUCCACUAUUAACAAAAUUCGUAUUAUUUCCUGUAUUUGUACAAAGCAAGUAUGAUGAGAUUAAUACUAUCAAACAGGAAUUGGAGUUUGUAGGUUGGAAUGUUCGUCAUCUUGAAGAAGAUCGGGGUUUGGAGGAGAAUGAGUUGUAUGUACCUCGGAGUCACUAUAAAGCUUCCUAUUAGUUGUACUUGUCCUUAUGCUUUGCUUUACUUGACUUGACUUGACUGUCCUAUGGUUA